CCCCUUCUCUCCGGUCGCCAACACUCGUAUAAAUUAAACGAAUCUAUCUAUCCGUUUCCUCUGUCCGAUCCCUUCAACUACAACCUUACAUUUCCAUUUCCAUGUACAGAAGAUAACCCAUUUCUGGACACCCGACCCAAACCCACCGUCAUAGACACAUAAAAAGCUCGAACUCCCCCAGCUGAACUCCGUUCUGUUCUUUUCUGCCGCAAGGCCAGCCCAUGCUGCUAUCCACAAACUUGUCUCUAGCAUGGAAUCUCAUCAUUGUUUUGCACACAUCAGAACAGGAGCCGAUUUAUCGCUCUCUUCAUUCCCCAUGAUUCAGUCCUUACCAACUACACCGCCUUUUGAUUCCUCAAAGUUGAGCUCGAGGGGUUCUCCCAAUUCGCCCUUUGCUAAUUAUACCGAUUCCCAGACCCCAACUGCUUUAACUGAGAGUGAGGAGUUCUCUGCACAAAGUUUUUCUGGAUCCACUAGUGAGCUUUCACUGGACUAUAACAGGGGCAGUUCAAAUCACACCCAGAAGAUGGAACAUGUUUUGUGGCAGUUGGAGAGUGAUUUGAUGGCGCCUGAAGAAACACCGGUGUCUCUUGCUCCUCCUCCUCCUGUUAAUGAUAUCAAAUGGCUGCUUAUAGCCUGCGCGCGAGCACUUGAUGAGAAGAAACUAUCUGAUUUUGACAGACUGGUGGAGCACGCGCGUGGGGUAGUGUCCAUCUCAGGGGAUCCCAUCCAGCGCCUCGGGACUUACAUGGUUGAAGGUCUAGUUGCAAGGAAAGAGGCAUCAGGUAGCAACAUCUAUCGGGCAUUGAGAUGCCACGAGCCUGCAGGGAAGGACCUAAUGUCCUACAUGCACAUCUUGUACGAGAUAUGCCCGUACCUAAAGUUCGGUUACAUGGCUGCAAAUGGUGCCAUAGCCGGAGCAUGCAGAAGCGACGAUCACAUUCAUAUAAUAGACUUCCAAAUCGCACAAGGGACCCAAUGGAUGACACUCCUACAAGCGCUCGCCGCAAGGCCUGGUGGGCCCCCCCACGUGCGCAUCACAGGGAUUGACGAUCCAGUUUCUAGGCAUGCCCGGGGCGAUGGUCUAGCUGCUGUAGGUAAACGCCUUGCAGCCGUAUCUGAGAGGUUCGGCGUCCCAGUAGAGUUCCAUGCUGUUCCUGUUUUUGCGACACUUAUAACAAGAGACAUGCUUGAUGUCCGGCCUGGUGAGUCUCUGGCAGUAAACUUCCCUCUACAGCUCCACCACACCCCUGAUGAAAGCGUCGAUGUCAGCAAUCCAAGAGACGGGCUUCUGAGGAUGGUGAAAUCCCUGUCUCCGAAGGUGGUUACAUUGGUGGAGCAAGAAUCAAACACCAACACGGCACCCUUUUUUCCCAGGUUCAAAGAAGCUCUGGAUUACUACUCAGCCAUGUUCGAGUCGCUAGACGUGGCCUUAGCAAGGGACAAAAAGGAGCGCAUCAAUGUUGAGCAGCACUGCCUGGCAAGAGACUUGGUGAACAUUAUUGCUUGUGAGGGAAAAGAGAGGGUGGAGCGACAUGAGAUGUUAGGGAAAUGGAAAUCGAGGUUCACCAUGGCGGGGUUUCAACAGUUUCCUCUUAGCUCUUAUGUUAAUUCGGUCAUAAAAGGCCUCCUCGGGACUUACUCUGAGCAUUACACACUCGUUGAAGAAGAUGGGGCUAUGCUAUUGGGAUGGAAAGACCGGAACCUCAUAUCGGCAUCUGCUUGGCAUUGAAGCAAUAUAUGUCACUCGUUCACAAAAAUCCAUGGACAAGUUUGGAUGAACUUUGCUUUUUAAAAAAUGAAUUCUAGUGGAAUGGAACUCAUGGUAGCAUAGAGCAAUAGAUAAUUUCGUGUAAACACUAAUAGUUCAUAGAAGAAGGUUUAUGAUGUUGGUAAUUGA